AUGUUGUUUUAUUUGAUUUUGCUGGCCGUCUCGCUUGGCUUCUACGUCGUGGGAAGAAGGUACGCUUACUGGAAGAAUCGAAAUGUGCCGUACGUGGAGCCUAGCUUUCCGUUCGGAAACCUGUCGGGGAUGAGUAAGCGCCAUAUGGCACUGUUGGCACAAGAUUCGUACCGGCAGCUGAAGGAUUGUGGAAAGAAAUUUGGCGGAAUAUUUUUCUUCAUCAAUCCGGUGGCUCUCAUCUUGGAUUUGGACUUCGCGAAGGAUGUGUUCAUUAAAGAUUUUCAAUAUUUUCACGAUCGAGGAGUUUACAGCAAUGAAAAGGCCGACCCCAUCACGACUCAUCUGGUGUCUAUGGAAGGAAUCAAGUGGAAGAAUUUGCGCACUAAACUAACUCCGACUUUUACUACCGGUAAAAUGAAAAUGAUGUUCCCCACAAUAACCGCGGUUGCCGAAGAAUUCCGCAAAUGUAUGCUGGUUGAAGCCCAGAAUGGCGGAGAGGUGGAGAUGAAAGAAUUCUUAUCGAGAUUUACUACCGAUGUUAUUGGAACUUGCGCGUUCGGUUUAGAGUGCAAUAGUCUGAAGGAUCCGGAGGCCAAAUUUAGACAAAUGGGAAAGAAAGCGUUGACCAUGACACCGAUGGGAUUCAUACGACGUAUUUUUAGCGUCACUUUUAGGGAUUUGUCUAGGGCGCUGGGCGUCCGUAUCUCCGACCCAGAAGUAUCGGAUUUCUUUAUGAAUGCAGUGCGCGAAACGAUUGAAUAUCGCGAGCGUAAUAAAAUUAAUCGAAAUGAUUUUAUGGAUCUGCUGAUAAAGCUAAAAAAUGCUGAAUCCAUCGACGAAAACAAUACGGAGCAGUUGGGAAGAUUAACGUUUAAUGAAAUCGCUGCCCAAGCAUUUGUGUUCUUCCUGGCAGGAUUUGAGACGUCCUCCACUGCGAUGUCCUAUUGUCUGUAUGAAUUGGCACAGAACCAGGAAUUGCAGGACAAAGCCCGAAGCAAUGUGGAAAGUGUUCUGGCCAAAUAUGACGGUGCUAUGACUUAUGAGGCUGUUCACGAAAUGAGAUCUAUCGAAAAUUGCAUAAAUGAAUCACUUCGCAAGUAUCCACCAAUACCGAACAUUCUUCGCGACACCACCAAAGACUACCACGUUUCGGGUAUGAAUGUUACUCUGGAAAAAGGUAACCGCGUACUGCUGCCGGUUUACGCAAUUCAUCACGACGCCCGCUACUAUCCGGACCCGGAACGGUUUGAUCCGGAGCGCUUCAGCCCGGAACAGACGGCCCAACGCCACUCGAUGGCAUUCCUUCCGUUCGGUGAAGGACCACGUGUUUGCAUCGGUAUGCGCUUCGGAAUGAUGCAGGCACGGGUUGGAUUGGCAUAUUUGCUGCAAAAUUUCCGCUUCAAACUGUCCCCGAAAACACCACGGGAACUGCAACUGAACGCAUCCAGUUCCGUGCUGGCCUCCCAGGGAGGACUUUGGCUACAUAUUGAGACGCUGUGAGAUGUCAGUUAUCUUACUUGUUCCCAUCUUUGAGUUUGUUAUAUUUAGUAUUUGAAAAAGAAAUCAAAAAGUUAGCAAUUGACUUCAGUUUUAUCGAAUAUGAUACAUAAAACUUCUUUCAAAUUCUACUUAUUUUGUGGUAGCUUUCCAAAACCGUGAUACUCGAGGUGAUUUUGACUUCAAAUUUUUUUUCCAUUUUAACAACUGAAAAUGUUUAACCUUCUGCGGCUAAGAUGCCCUAGUCCUAACGAUUAUACUGACGUAGUAGUCUGCAAUUCUUAUUAUUGAAUUAUGAAUAUUUAAAUUUUAUUUUAGAAUUGAGAACAAAGAACUU